AUGGUGACAGGGUUUGCACAAGCUGGUAAGUCGCUGAAGGCUGUUGAGUUCUACAGAGGAAUGCAAAGGGAAGGGUUUGGUAGAGAUGGGGUUGUGAUGCUUGGUCUCUUACAAGCUUCUGCUGAUCUUGGAGAUCAGAAAAUGGGCUGUUCUGUACAUGAGGCUGCUUCCAGGUUGUUCAGUAGGAUGAUGUUUAAAACCGCGGUGUCGUGGGGGUCGUUGAUCUCUGGUUUUGCUCAAAAUGGGUUAGCCAGUGAAGCCCUUGAAGCAGUAGUCGAGAUGCAGAGCCAUGGGUUUCAACCGGAUCUUGUGGCUCUUGUUGGAGUACUCUUGGCUUGUUCGCAAGUCGGAUCGUUAAAGACUGGUAGGUCUAUACAUUGUUACAUCUUGAGAAGGCACUUUCUUGACCGAGUAACCGCAACUGCUUUGAUGGACAUGUACUCAAAAUGCGGCGUUAUUGCAAGUUCGAGAGAAAUCUUUAAUCAGACAAGAAGGAAAGACUUGGUUUGUUGGAACACAAUAAUAUCUUGUUAUGGAAUCCAUGGAGAUGGUGAAGAAGUUGUCUCCAUGUUCGUGAAUAUGACGGAAUCAGAUAUAGAACCUGACCACGCCACUUUUGCUUCUCUUCUCUCUGCUUUUAGCCACUUAGGUCUAGUAGAACAAGGCCAGCAUUGGUUCAGCGCCAUGAGAAACAGAUAUAAUAUACAACCGAGCGAAAAACAUUAC